AUGCAGGCGACCGAUGCUAGGGAUUACUACAGUAAAUGCUCUCGUGAGCGACAAUGUACCGCAGCAAACUUUUGGUGGAACACCAAUGCCUGUGUUCUAGCUACUGGGAAUGUGCUCAUGGGCUUCCCCAAACAGUCGGAUAUGGUCCUGGGUGCGGUCGCACACCAGCAGGUCUUCCGGGAUGAGUUAUAA